ACAUUUCUGACAGUUGUGUGUUAUUACCGAAUCAACACAUAAUUUCGUUAAUUAAUUAAUAAAUCAUGCCUUUUUGAGCUUGAAUUUUAUUUAUCAAGUAAACAUACUCACCAAAAAUGUGGCAGUUGCUACAAACUCAAUCAAGCCACUUAAUGCGGCAAAGGUUGUUACCAGUAAAAAACAGUUGUUACUUUACCAACUUGGUAAAGGAAAAGCCGUUAAACGUCGCGAGACGUUAUUUUUCGGAAGCCAAAAAUGCUUCAGAAAAAAGUUCAAAGUCCGGUUUCCUACUGAUUUGUAGGCCCUGGAAAUUGUGUACAGGCGUUAGUUUAGGUUUAGGAGCGAAGUUAUUGUUAAGUAGUGGAACUGUGUUAUGUAAGGCGCAACAGAACUCUAGGAUAAUACAACGAAGACCGAAUAUUAAUGAUGAUAGUGCAAAGUUUGAUUGGAGAAGAUUAUUUGAGUAUCUACGGCCACACAAAUGGUUGUUAGUGGGUGCUAUAGCUUCGGCGUUAGCGGUAGCAUUCCUAAAUGUGUACAUCCCGGCAAUGUUGGGAGUGAUUGUCAACGUCCUAGCUAAUAUGAAGAACAAUCCGACAGCGGACUUUUUAGAAGAAAUCAAAUUCCCUGCUAUGAAGCUCAUAUCACUUUAUAUUGGACAGGCAGCAUUUACAUUCAUGUACAUCCAUCUACUGGCGCAAGUUGGCGAGCGGGUGGCUUCUCAAAUGAAACAGGACCUGUUUGUCUCCAUCCUAAACCAGGAUAUGGCCUUCUUUGACCAGGAGAGGACGGGAGAGCUUGUCAAUAGGUUAACGGUAGAUGUACAAGACUUCAAAAGCUCAUUUAAACAGACGAUUUCUGGAGGAUUAAGGGCAUUAACUCAGGUGGUCGGAUCAGCUGUGAGCUUGCUCGUCAUAUCUCCGCACCUGACGGGGCUGACCAUGGUGUGCGUGCCGUCAGUCGUCAUCGGGGGCACGUUCAUCGGCUCCCUCCUGAGGAAGCUCUCCAGAGAUGCACAACAACAGAUAGAGAAAGCGACGCUAGUAGCGGAAGAAGCGAUAUCCAACAUGCGUACAGUCCGAGCAUUCGCCGGCGAAGAGAACGAAGCGCAAAUGUUCGCGCGCGAAUGCGACGCGGCGGCCGAGCUUAGUACGGAGCUGGGGCUGGGCGUAGGGCUGUUCCAAGCUGGCACCAAUUUGUUCCUGAACGGAAUGGUCCUAGCCACCAUGUUCCUCGGAGGUCACCUCAUGGCCAACGGUCAGAUGUCCGCUGGUGACGUCAUGGCUUUCCUAGUCAACGCCCAAACUGUUCAACGAUCCGUCGCACAACUCUCUUUGCUGUUUGGUUCAGUCGUGAAGGGACUAAGCGCCGGUGGCCGCGUGUUUGAGUAUAUUAAUAAGGAGCCAAAAAUGGACACAUCGGGAACGAAAGUCAUCAAAUAUCACGAGUUCUACGGUGAUAUCGAGUUUAAGGACGUCACAUUUGCUUACCCAACGCGGCCUGAAGCGAUAGUACUGAAGAAUUUCAAUUUGAAAAUACCGGCGGGAAAAACUAUAGCCAUCGUCGGUACAUCGGGCAACGGGAAAUCUACAAUAGCAGCUUUGCUGGAAAGAUUCUACGACGUAAACGUAGGCCAAGUCACCAUAGACGGUAUAGACAUCAGGGAAAUGGAUGCCAAGUGGCUCCGCGGUCGUGCCCUCGGUCUGAUCAGCCAGGAGCCGGUGUUGUUCGCCACAAGUGUGAGGGAGAACAUCAGAUAUGGCCGCCCGGAGGCCAGCGAUGACGAGGUAUAUCGCGCGGCCAUGACAGCGAACGCUCAUGAUUUCAUCCUCGGCUUCCCCGCCGGCUACGACACGAUGGUGGGAGAGAGAGGCAUGUCACUCAGCGGCGGGCAAAAGCAAAGGAUAGCGAUAGCACGCGCUGUUCUGAAGAACCCGCCUGUUAUAAUACUGGAUGAGGCCACUAGCGCAUUAGACUCUGCGAGUGAGAAGGUAGUACAGACAGCAUUGGAGACGGCCGCCAAGGGACGGACCGUGCUCGUGAUCGCGCACAGACUGUCAACUGUCAUGAACGCCGACGUCAUAGUUGUGUUGAAUCGAGGGAAGAUUGUCGAGAUGGGAACCCACGAUCAGCUGAAGAAGCAGAAAGGUUUCUACUGGAACCUGAUCAAACAGCAGGACCAAGACGCCGAAAGCAGAUCCUUAUGAGAACAAGCAUAAUAGCCUAAUAACAGCUCGCCAAAAUGCAUAA